CCCACUGGUGCGUCAUUCGAAGCCGCCGUGGCCCAUCACGCCCGCGGCAACACGUUCCUCGCGCCCUCGUCUUCCCCGACAGCUCGCCAACCUCCCCAACCAACCAUCCAUCCAUCCAUCCUCGCCGUCCAUCCAUAAACCCGCAGCAUUCAUUUAUUUCUCCCGCCCAUGGAACACGUCAACGCUGACAGCAGCCAUUAUUACUACUCUCGGUCCUUUUCUUAAGUUUUCUUUUCUGUUUCAGAUCAUCAUGCUCGUACGUACGAAUUCUCUUGCGUCACGUGACCUAACCGAUAUUCCAUCGCGGCAGUUCAAAAAAAAAAAAAAGGUUUGGUUUUGCGUAACGUGAUUAGAAAGCCCCGGGCCCACGAGGCAGCCUCUGGUUCUGCCCCGCCGCGCGCUGACACGAUCUCUCUCUCUCUCUCCCUCUCUCUGGGUUCGACUCGGAGCUGCAUAUAAGCCCGCCCCACGGCCUCCGGCCAACGCCGUGCCCGCCCCGAACUCAAACUCCCAUCGCCAGCACCACGGCCUUCUUCCCCCUCCCCUCCUCGCGCUUUGCUCCGCGCAUGGCGACGAUGACCACCACGACGAAGACGGCGGCGCUGCGCCACCGCGGGUGCUGCGGGCGCGCGCCGGCAGAGGAGGAGGAGGGCCUGGUGGCGCUGUCGAGCGCGGCGGCGGGGGAGCUGGGGAAGGAGGCCGCCAGGUGGACCGGCGGGCUGCCGCGGCUGAGGCGGUUCGAGGAGCUGCCGGACUACCUGCGGGACAACGAGUUCAUCCGCGGCGGCUACCGCUGCGAGUGGUCCGUCCGCGACGCGCUCCGCAGCGUCUUCGCCUGGCACAACGAGACGCUCAACGUCUGGACCCAUCUGGGGGGCUUCUUCCUGUUCCUGGGCCUCGCCGUCGCCGGCCAGACGGAGUGGCGGCCGGCCGCGGCGCCGGGGAUCAUGACGAUGGUGAUGACAUCGUCGGCCAACGCGUCGUCGUGGGCGGUCAACAACACUUCGAGCAUGGCGAUCCAGAGCGCGCUGGCGUCGGGCAUGGGCGGAGCGGGGCACGCGGUGGCGCGGUGGCCGCGGACGGUGUUCGUGUUCGGGGCCAUGAUGUGCCUGUCGGUGAGCGCGGCGGCGCACCUGCUGGCGAGCCACUCGCGCCGCUUCAAUCGGCUCUUCUGGCAGCUCGACUACGCCGGCAUCGCCGUCAUGAUCGUCUCCUCCUUCUUCCCGCCGGUCUACUACACGUUCCUCGGCAGCCCCGUGGCGCAGCUCGUCUACCUGUCCGCCAUCACGCUGCUCGGCGUGCUCGUGGUGGCGGCGCUCCUGGUGCCGGCCCGCUCGUCGCCGCGGCUCCGGCACCUCAGGGCGGGCCUGUUCGUGUCCAUGGGGCUCUCGGGCGUCGUGCCGGCGCUGCACGCGCUCUGGCUCAACUGGGGACACCCGGAGUGCUACCUGGCGCUGUCGCUGGAGCUGGCCAUGGGGCUCGUGUACGCCACGGGCGCCGGGUUCUACGUCGCGCGCGUGCCGGAGAGGUGGCGCCCGGGCAUGUUUGAUUGUGUCGGGCACAGCCACCAGAUCUUCCACGUGCUGGUGCUCGUCGGCGCCGUCACGCACUACGCCGCCACCGCCAUCCUCAUCGGCUGGCGCGACGCCCUGGCCGUGGCCGCGUCGGCGGUGUUGUGACUUGUGACGUCGCGCGAAGGAUGCGACAUUCGUGUACGCGUAGGCGUAGGGUGUGCCAUUGAUUCGUUCAUUCAUGUACUACCUAGCUUAGAUGAUUCUUUGAACAUGUAUCAGAUCAAGUUUGUGCUCGUGGCUUCUUACUGUCGGUCCGCAACACUCUAGUAUUUCUGUAAUGCUGGACGGUGUACAGCACCAAACUCAGGUGCAAUAGAAAAGGGGACGAGCACUGCGAUUUAUUUACUUGUAAA